GAAACUGGACUUCCUGUCCCUGCCAAGAAAUACGACGUCAAUCAGCUGAUUUGUACAAACUCUUGUGACAAGGAUGGAAUGAUCGUUGGAUGGAAUUAUGUGUAGUCAUAAAUUAACUAUCUGUAUCUUGCCUUUAUCUAUGAUCGUUCGUGGUAUUACGUAAUAAUUAUCACGUGUUAUGAUGUCGGCACAUUUAAACACAAGAUCAACAUAACCUGAUAAUCACAAAGGAUUGUCACAAUGGUUCAAAUUGAAGGCAAAUAUCAACACGAAAGAAGUGAAAAUCUUGACGGAUUUUUUAAAGCAGUUGGGGUGCCGUACGUUGCCCGGGUGAUGAUGCGCAUGACCAGCCCCCUGCUGGAGGUACUCCGGGACGCGGGCAAGUGGGUCGUACGCUCCACCACCAUGGUGAGGACCCAGGAGAUGUCCUUUGUGCCGGGCGUGGAGUACGACGAGGUGAUGCCCUCCGGGGACGUGCUCAAGAACACUGCUCAGGUUGAAGACGACUGCAUCUCAAUUGUCUCUUUGCUUCCCAAUGGCAAAAAAACAACAAGAGAGUACAAAUUCUCUGACGAGAGUGUUGAGGUGACGCUGACUGACGAGGAGAGUGGACAAGUGGCGAAGAGAUACUUCCGGCGGGUGUAGCCGGCAGUGCGCCCAUCCACGCGUCACAACAAGCGUCAUUUUGAUGGCCUGCUCCAUUCCAGCCUUCUCAUUGUACCUUCGUUAAGUGUGUGAGCUGUAUCGGGUGGUUUGUGUUCAUUAUUAUUCUAUUAAUAGAGGUACAGAAAUUUCGCGAACUCAUUUGGUUGCAAGCUAGACUGAAAAUCUUCAUACUCUUCCACUGUGUCCAUGAUUGGACCGUCCUCUACGACCAUGAGCCAAUAACGAUGAUCAGGUAGGAGAAAAGCAAGCAAAUCGGGUAGUGUCGACUAACGAGGACAAAAGGUUCUUGCUAAUAAAUCAACCAAUGGAAAAGCCAACGUUGGUAGAGCGAAUGUAAGGUUUUGAAUUUCAGCAUUAUGCCAGACGAAUUCGCGAAAUUUCCAGGUCUCUAUCUAUUACUCUCAUCUGGUUAGAGGUCAGUCAUGAGUCCCAGUAAUAAUGUAAGUAUACUCUGCAUGUUCCAAGAUGACACCUUGUAUCGUUUGAUGUGCCCUGUCCAGCAUCUCACCAUGCUGGUUACUGUAUGGCAGACUCAAAAACAAAAACCUCAUCUUCUUUGUCAGUUGUUUAUCCUCUCCGGAAAUGAAGAAGAGCUUGCGUGAACAGGAGUUUGUUGUUCUUUGCGACGGACAGAUGUGAUGUCUCCAACCAAAGAGGCAAAUGAGAUGAGUUGUGGAUUAACGACAGCCUAGAGUGGUGGGUGAAACUGGAAAACCCAUUGGUCAGCAAGCAAUAUCUCUCAUAGUUUCAACUUAAAAAGGUCCAGGGUUGUUUGCUCAUAUCACCUUGGUGAGAUUUGAGCAGUCUGAUAGUGAUCCAAAACCACAACUACCAAAUAAAUAAUUUAAUUUUUUCAAUUGCAGCCACAUGUGUUGUGUGCAGGAUAUUGAAAUUAUGUGGAGCAUUAAAGGAGGCUAAUUAAUGGUAAUACUUAGCAGAGCUGCUUUUUAGAACAGAAAGAAAGAAAAA